UGAAACAACUUACGUUGUUGUCGUGACGACGAUUUUACUUCCCCCGGACGUAGCGUCGAUGUGCGGCUGCAAUGCAAACACGAUAUUACUGUGACUACAAAUCCCUAAAGAUUGAGGUUGAUGACAAAUGUUCUUCACGUUACGGUUCUGCCUGAGAAGAAGAAGAAGAAGAAGAAGAAGCAGCCGCAAAUGAUAGCCGCAAAAUCUUCCAUCCCAAAUUACACCCAACUCUGCAUACUAUUCUCACGCUGCUUCUCUUUCCCAAAUAUCGCAAUCUCUCUAAUGCCCCUUUCCGCCAUGUAACUGAAGAAGUGUCGAUUUCUCCGCAGAAUACAAAUCCCGAGGUGGGUUUGUCGGAUAAGGCUGAUUCUCCAUCUGGGUCUGCCCAAUUAGAUCGAAUGGGGGACGAGAAAUACUACAACGAACUGGAUGUGGCCGUCAGAGUGGUACACUUGGCGUGUUCUCUUUGUCGAAAAGUACAGGACGGUUUGGUUUCUACCAACACUGAUCAGGUUAAGUCGAAGGAUGAUGAUUCGCUUGUUACUGUUGCGGAUUGGAGUGUGCAGGCGACAGUUAGCUGGAUCCUGUCAGAAAUCUUUGGUAGCCAAAAUGUAUCCAUCAUUGCUGAAGAAGAUGUGAGAACACUCUCCAAUGCUGAGUCAGCUGGUCUGUUGGACGUGGUGGUAAGCACUGUGAACGAAUGCUUAGCUGAAGCUCCUAAGUUUGGUCUUAAAAAACCAGAUAGAACUCUUGGGAGUUCACAAGUUCUAGAGGCCAUCAAACGAUGCAAUUCAAAUGGGGGCCCUGUUGGAAGGCAUUGGGUUCUUGACCCUGUUGAUGGGACAUUGGGUUUUGUGCGUGGGGAUCAAUAUGCUGUUGCUUUAGCCAUGAUUGAAGAUGGACAAGUUGUAGUUGGAGUUCUUGGGUGCCCUAAUUAUCCGAUGAGGAAGGAAUGGCUAAAUUACCAUCACCAACACUACCGGACUAUGUCAAAAGAAUCAUUGUCCCCUCCUCUUUCCUGGGAAGAAGGAUGUGUGAUGUACACAAGAAAAGGUAGUGGUGAAGCAUGGAUGCAGCCGUUAAUCACUGGUGAUGGGAAGCUUGAGUGGCCAAACGUUGCAGAAAGGAUUCAGGUUUCUUCCAUUGAUGAUCCAGCACUAGCAACUUUUUGUGAACCAGCAGAGAGAGCAAAUUCAAACCACUCCUUCACAGCAGGACUUGCUCACAGCGUUGGGCUUAGAAAUCAGCCCUUGCGCGUAUACAGCAUGGUGAAAUAUGCAGCCAUAGCUCGGGGAGACGCAGAAAUCUUUAUGAAGUUCGCAAGGGCCGGAUACAAAGAGAAGAUAUGGGACCAUGCCGCGGGUGUCCUCAUCAUACAAGAGGCUGGCGGCGUUGUAACCGAUGCUGGGGGGCGCCCUCUUGACUUCUCCAAGGGCCUGUACCUGGAGGGCCUCGACCGUGGCAUAGUUGCUUGUUGCGGCCAUUCGUUGCACGAUAAAAUCAUCGGCGCCAUUUUUGCUAGUUGGGACUCCUCUAACCUCUGACUGACCGAGGCGGCCUAGUUGUUGAGCCAGGGGCAGAAAAAACAUUGCUUGCUUUGAUUAUGCAAUGUUUUGUUUCCUGCUCUCUCUCUCCUCGCAUAAUCAUCAAGAUUCUGGGCAUUUUGCUGUGUUGGAAGUGAGAGAGAGAGAGAGAGAUAGUGAUUGUGGUUAAGUGGAACGUGAUAGAGUUUUGUUUGGGCUUAUUGCUUUGUGGGGGUUUGUUCUUUUAAUGCUGGGGCUGGUCAAGCAGCCCCUGCUACUACCUACCCAAGAUUAAGAACCUUACUAACCUGUGCCCAAAUUACCAGAAAACUUUCUUUUUUUUCCUUUUUCCCUUUUGGUCUUCUUCUUUACACUACUAGCUAAGUGAGCCCAUCCUCCCGUGGGGUGGUGCUCCAGUAUUCCAGUGUUUAUUUUGAAACAUAAACAGCCUAAUCUCUUAAAUAGAACUACUAAUAAGUUGGCGAUAUGACAAUCUGUUUGUCUUUGGAUGCCAUCUCUAGCCGACGGCCAUCGCAUGGCUCAACGUGGAUAGGAUAGGCCCUACUUAUUUUAAGUCAAGUCUAGUCCUCAUUUAUACCAUUUUUAAUUAUUGGUUUC